AUGGAGCCUCCACAUCCUCUUUUGCUUUCACUUGUGAUGAAGAUGAGGAAUAGGUGGAAUUUGUUGGCACCCAGCCUUAGAAAGAGACUGAAUCAAGGCCUGGCAAAGAGCUUAAACAUUAUAAGUACAUUGUGCAACAACAAUCAAGUGAAGUGUAGGACAUCUGCUCUUCACCAUAAUCAAAAUGUUAGGAAGGAGAAAUCCCUCAUUCACUUCCGUCCAUACUUUUUGGCAAAAUCUUUGAAAUGCAGCUUCUGGCGAAAAUCCAAGUAUUUAUCUAAGCUAGUUCCCGCCCACUUCUGGCAAAAGCAUUCAUCAGUUGGGAAUAAUGAGCCCAAAGGAAAUGGCCCUUUUGGAGCUUUCUUCAAUGAAACCAAGAACCUAUGGCGGGGCCUUAUCCGUUGGUCCAGAGACAGACUUAGGUACAUUGGAUAUUUGGUCAAAGAGUGGGCCUCAUUUCUAAGUUUCCUUCCAGCGAAAGCGAGAAUACCUGCAAAUGUUGGUAACACCAUAUAUGAGUCGAUCCAUCUCCAGAUUUCAAGGAAAAGUUACAGACAAGGAGAAUGCUUAGGCAAACCCAAGUUAUUAGUAGAGUUGCCAAACCAAUUACAAAAGGGAAGCAGGAUGACCUGUGAGAGCCUUGAGAAUCCAAUUCUUUUAUCAGAAAAUUUAGACGAGAAGUCCAUGUGUUAUCUAUACGCUGAACCAGAAUUUGAGGACUUAGCUGCACAACCUUACUUAAUUCCUUCUCAGAAUACCUCGUCCCUUGAUAGCAACACUCUUCAACUUCAGCCGCUGUCUGUCAGCCUCAGAGAUUUUAAUAUCCCCAAAGUCAUCCUGGAGACAACUUAA